AUGGCUGACCUUACCUGGAAUGUUCCUGGGAAGGUGGAUUUGAUUCUCGGCGCUCAGUUGUUUCCUUAUAUUUAUUUGGGGAAUCGGGUUGAGUCAGGUACUAAUGCGCCACCCGCCUUGUUGACAACCCUUGGUUAUGUUUUAAUGGGCGAUGUUCCUAAAGUUUCUUCUGUGCAUACUUUUACUGGGUUUGCUCUGAAUGACACCCUUCAGAAGGUUCGGGAGUUAGAAGAGUUGCCCCGAGUUGAAUAUAUGAGUCCGGAAGAAACAGAGUGUGAGAGUGUGUUCACUUCUUCGGUGUCACGAGAUGUGUGUGGACAUUAUUCGGUAACUUUACCAUUUUAUCGCUCGCUCUCUGAAUUAGGGAAUUCUGAAGCUAUCGCUCUCAGCCGAUUUAUGGUUUUAGAGCGCAAAUUAAAUCAUACUCCUGAGUUAGAGAAUAGUUAUAAUACAGCGAUUUAUGACUAUAUUGAUAAUGGUUAUUUGUCUGAGAUUCCUCAAUCAGAUAUUCAUAUAGAGGGUUAUUAUAUACCUCAUCACGCGGUUGUGCGUUCGGACAAGCCUUUGCCACGUAUAAUUUUAGAUUCGAGCGUCAAGAUUCAUACCGGCUUGUCAUUGAAUGACUUAUUACAUGUUGGGCCUAAUUUGCAGGCUGAUUUGUUUUUGUUAUUACUUGAUUUUCGACUGUUUCCGGUUGCUUUAAUUGCCGAUGUGGAACAAAUAUACUUACAGAUUGGUAUUCCCGAAGAUGACCGGAAAUAUUUAAGAAAUUUAUUUCGUUUCAAUACUAACGAGGAUAUCAGUACUUUUCAGUUUAAUCGAUUACUGUUUGCGCUGAAGUCUAGUCCUUUCCUCGCAAUGAGGAUCGUUAGACAGUUAGCUGAGGAUAUAUCUCAUGAGUUUCCUGAGGCAGCAGCUGUCGUAAAGAGCUGUAAAUUUUAUAUGGACGAUUUAGUUCAUUCCGUAGUUAAUAAUGAGAUUGCUAUUUCUUUAUCUCAGCAUAUGGUCUCUAUGUUUAAGGCUGGAUCUUUCGACCUUGUCAAGUGGUCUAGUAACUCUUCAAUGGUUUUACAGCACUUGCCCGAUUCUUACCGUAGUCCGGUGGUGUUUUCUAAGGGGGAAAAUGUUCCCAAGGUUUUGGGUCUCACUCGUGAGCCCACUGACGACAACUUUGUUGUUACUGUUUGUGAUUUCUUCGGUAAAUGUACGAAGAGACACAUUAUUUCAAUCAUAGCUCGUUUGUUCGAAGUUUUGGGUUUAAUUGCCCAUGUUAUAUUAUAUGCUAAACUGCUUAUUAAAGGGUUAUGGCUCUGCGAAGUAGACUGGGACGGAACUUCUCCUGAGGAUAUGAUCCGUCGUUUGCGGCUCUUACGGGACUUACCUUGUUAUCUGAUUUAA